GAUAAGAGAAAAUGCCUCUUCUGGAAUCGACUUGCUGUACUAACUGCCACAAACUUUUACAAAGGAUUGCAGUUCUUGAAACAAAGUUAUUUGUGGGAUCACCAAGCCAGACGGAACACACAACAGAGCUCCAUCGUGGACACCCUCAGCACACAGCCGGUGAGUCCCAUGAAUCUAAUGCUCCUCAACAGACCAUACUGAGUGUAGAGAAACAAGCCGAUCGACUUACACAUCGAUGGCAUAAACAGGGAGCGAAACCUAAAGGCAUUCGAGACAUCAGACUGUCACGAGUAUCACACAUUGCCGCAGUAGCAUCCUCUACCCCAAAUACGGCUCUGACAAGGAUUGCAAACACUGGUCUCCUAUCACCGCCUAUACAUCUUGAGAACAGAUUUGAUGUAUUAUUGAAUGAGGAAUCCCCAAACUUGAAGAAUGUGUUUGAACAUAGACUGAAUCAGCCAGUAGCUAACUCUAAAGCUAACAGGCGCUCAAGGUUGAGCAGACAGCGGCAUUCAGCUCAGAGCACAGCUGAGCCCAGGACUCUGAUAGUGGGUGACUCCAUAAUCAAAAACAUUAGUAGCAGGGAUACAACUACAUGCUGCCUUCCACAAGCAACAACUUCUGAUGUAAACAGGGAACUUCAGAACAUUCUGAUGAAACAUAAGACUGCAAAUAGACUCGUCAUUCAUGUGGGGAAAAAUGACAUUCAUAAAGAGCAGUCAGAAUUCCUAAAGAAGGACUUCAAUGAACUUUUUGAAACACUUAAAAGACUGACAGUUCAAACUUUCAUCAGUGGACCACUCCCAGCAAGAGGAACAAACAGGUUUUCACGCUUGCUUGGACUUAAUACAUGGCUGCAAAAAACCUGCAAUAUAAAAGGAGUGAACUUCAUUGACAACUUCAAUCUUUUCUGGAGUCAGAGGCAACUGUUUAAACAAAAUGGUCACCAGCCAAACAAACUGGGGUCAAGAGUGCUUAAGGACAAUAUCUACUUCUUCCUCCGUCAUCCUUCUGCCAAUCCACACAACCAGAAUGGCACAUACACAUCUGGACACACUAUGAAUGACCACAGGACUUCACUUCAGCACCUAAAUGGACAUGCGGUGAACGGAUUAUACAAGGACAAUGAUAACACCACUCAGCCACAACAACCCUUGCUCAUGGACACAAUCUCAGCUGAGCCCUGCCCACCAAGCAUCUCCUCAUCUAUGCUUCCCAGAGAAAAUGGAGAAACUGGUGUGUGCUGGAACCAUAUUAUCCCACUCUUUUGCAAGCCCCCAGAUACCGGUCAAAAAACGGCUGGCUCCACAACCACCAAAGCCGGCGGACCCAGCUCCCCCUCCUCCUGUGAGAUAUCUUCGAUCACAACGCCAGGGCCCACACCCUCUUCCUUCUGUUCGAGGUGUACCAAAAACAACUGAUACCAGCUCUCA